AUGAUCUCUACUAACGGGUACGUUCUCACUUCGCUCGUUCCCACUUCACUCAUUCCCGUCCCUGUGAAAAGUUUUCUAUGGUUUCUCUCUCGACUCAAAGCUGAAAUAGGAGAAGUGGAAGCUCGCCCUCGCCAUCGCCUCUUACUGUCAGAAUCUGUGAAAUCCGCCAUCAUCGCUGUUAGAGCCACAUUUGUCUUCCGUGUACAUUCAAAGAAACGAAAUAGAUUGGAGGCAAGCAAAUUGAACAAUCUUGUUUAUGUUCAAUUCAAUGCUAAUUUAAUGGAGAAAAACAAAAAGAGAAAAGAUAGAAACAUGGAAGUGCUAUUAUCAAAUCAUUCUCUCUUCGCUCAAGAAUGGAUUGUUGAUUGCGAUGAUUGUGAUGUAGAUGAAGUAGACCCCAAAACGGUUGAUGAAGCUCUUGAAACCAAUGUCAGUCAAGCACCCCGAGAAAGUCCAAAAACGAGAGAACUUUUCGAUGAAGAUUUCGAGUCCGAGAGUGAGGAGCAAGUGUUAGAAGAAGACGAAUAUGAGUCGGACGGGGUUCAAAUAAUGGAAGUAUGUGGAGAAGAUUAG